AUGAAAAUAAUAAUUUCAUUAUUAUUUAUUUUGUUAAGUUUUAUUAAAAUUUCUACAUGUAUUGAUUGUAAAGAUUUUUAUUCACCAGAAGGGAAUCCAUGUCCAUGUUUAUCAAAUCCAUGUGGUUUCGUUGUUUCAUGUUAUGCAUUCUCUGAUGGAAGUUAUUUAUGUGGAUGUAAUCUUGUAACUGAAGUGUUUGAUGAUGGAACAAAAACUUGUGUUGAUAGAGAUGAAUGUGCUGAUGGAUCAUCAGGUUGUUCUAAUGGGUGCUCAAAUCGUGUUGGUGGAUUUGAUUGUACUUGUCCAACUGGAUAUAGAUUAAAUAGUGAUCUAAAAUCCUGUUCUGAUAUAGAUGAAUGCGCUGAAGGAAGUUCAGGUUGUUCUAAUGGAUGCAGUAACAGUGGUGGUAGUUUUACUUGUACUUGUCCUGCUGGAUAUAGAUUGGGUUCAAAUGGUAAGACAUGUGAAGUUAAUGAUCCAUGUGCAUCUAGUAAUUGUGAAGGUACUUGUGUUGCUUCAGGAAAUUCUUUUACUUGUAGCUGUGGUUCUGGAUAUACUUUAUCAUCAAAUGGAUAUUCUUGUAAUGAUAUUGAUGAAUGUGCAAAGGGAACAGAUAGCUGCGCACAAGGAUGUACAAAUAAUGAUGGUGGUUAUUCUUGCUCUUGUAGUGCAGGUUAUACUUUAGCUAGUAAUGGAUAUUCUUGUAAUGAUAUUGAUGAAUGUGCAAAGGGAACAUAUAGCUGCGCACAAGGAUGUACAAAUAAUGAUGGUGGUUAUUCUUGCUCUUGUAGUGCAGGUUAUACUUUAGCUAGUAAUGGAUAUUCUUGCAAUGAUAUUGAUGAAUGUGCUAAAGGAACAAGUGGUUGUGCUCAAUCAUGUAGUAAUACUGAUGGUGGUUAUUCUUGCUCUUGUAGUGCAGGUUAUACUUUGGCUGGUGAUGGUAAAACCUGUACAGAUAUUGAUGAAUGUGCAAAAGGAACACAUGGUUGUGCUCAGGGAUGUUCAAAUACUAUUGGUGGAUACUCUUGCUAUUGUGGCACAGGUUUUGAGUUGGGUAGUGAUGGUAAAAGUUGCACAAGUAUUAAUGACUGUGAUAAGGGAGCAAGUGGUUGCUCACAAGGAUGUUUAAGUAAUAAUGGUGGUUAUACUUGCUAUUGUAAUUCAGGCUACUCUUUGGGUAGUGAUGAAAAAACCUGUAAUGAUAUUGAUGAAUGUUCAAGUGGAAGUUCAGGUUGUACUCAACUAUGCUCCAAUAGUCCAGGUACUUACUCUUGCUCUUGUAAAUCUGGUUAUAGUUUGGGUGUAGAUAGUAAAACGUGUAAUGAUAUUGAUGAAUGUCAAACAAAUGUUGAUGGGUGUGAAAAGAAUUGUAAUAAUAUAGCUGGAAGUUUCUAUUGUUCUUGUGAUUCAAACUAUUUCUUAAAUAGUGAUAAUAAAACAUGUAAUUUAAUUAGUAGUUGCUUAACCGGUAAUGGUGGUUGUCAACAUAAUUGUUCAGAUGUUGGAGGAUCAAUCACUUGUUCAUGUGGAAAUGGUUACUCAUUGGAUGCUGAUAACAAAUCUUGUAGUGAUGUUGAUGAAUGUGCUAAUAAUCCAUGCUCAGCAAAUUUUAUAUGUGAAAAUAAACCUGGUUCCUUUGCUUGUGUUGCUAAUGUACAACCAAAACAUUAUAUUUCAUCUGUAAUUCCAUCAACUACACUUUGGGAGGUGUUGCAAGCUUUUAUGGAAUAUAACUUUAACAAUUGGUCACCAGCAGGUUCUGGUAAACAUUCAGUUAAUCUUACUCAAAAUGGUGUUGUAUUCAUUGGUAAUAAUAUUUAUCAAUAUGAAUCAAUUAUUAAGGCUUGUCCAAAAGAUUGUUCAAAUGAAAAUCAAGGAACAUGUAACACAGUAAAUGGAGAAUGUAAAUGUAAACAAGGAUUUGAUGGAUUUGAUUGUAGUAUUAAAUUACAUGAUAAUUCAACAAUAACUGUACCAGAGAAUGAAGUCACAGUCGGUAAUGGUGAAUCAAAUAUCUCAAACCAAGAUACCAAUUUUAAAAUUUAUUUUAAAUCAUUAAAAGAAAUUAGUUUCAAUGGUGAAACCAUUCAAACAUUUAAUUUAUCAGAUAAUUGGAAAUUGGUAACCUCAAAUGUUGUAAACAAUCAAGAUACAAAUAAUAAUUAUUUGUUUACUCAAACCCUAAAAAAUACAACAUGUACAGUAACAGUUACAAUUGAAGAAGUUAAACAAGAUUCAGAAUUCUCAUUUGCAGGUACAACUUUUACAGUUUCAAAAGGUUUGGUUAAAUUUACAAUUUCAAUUGCAAAUUAUCAAUAUUCUUCAUUUUUAAAUACUCUUCAAUUGGAAAUGAUUUCAAUGGCUGGUAAAGUAGAAGAUUCAAAUUAUAAUAAUGAUUGUAAUAAUAAAGAUACAGAAAUUGAAACCAAUUCAGCUGAUCAAUCAACAACUUCAUUUAAUGUUAUUAAAAUCUCUAAAAAUAAUAAAAUCUUAGGUGCAAGAUUUAUCAACAGAGUUAUAUCUGAUGGAAAACCAACAUUUUUAUCAACAACUAUUAAAAAUGAAACUGAUUCAAUUAUUGUAGUUUUAAAUUUACCACAUUGUACAAAAGAAUGUCUUAUUGAUCCAGAUUUUUCAUUACUUGUUGAUCCUCAAUUUAAACCUGAAUGCGAAUCAAAAUCUCGUAAAUGGGUAGUACCAGUUGCUGUAGUUGUAUCUGUUGUUGGUUUUUCAGGUUUGGCAGUUGCUGGUUUUAUUUUAUAUAAAAAACAAAGUAUUGCCAUUAAGGUACAAAUCCAUAAAUUAAAAAGAUUUAACCAAGAUUAA